AUGGCAUCAGCGUCUAACGAGGCAGAAGAUGAACUGAAUUCACGACAAAACGAAACAAUUAGCUCAGACGGCGAGAAAAGUCCGGAAGACAGUGGCGUAGCUCCAUCAGCUACUAGAAGUGUUUACCUUGUAACAUACAGCCAGGCGAGUUUAGAAAAGUUCCCUCUUCGAAAUGAUUUCGCAAAGGCGAUCAUUGACUCGUUCACUCGAGGUUCAGCCCAAGUACUUCACUGGUGUUGUAGUCUUGAAAGCCAUAAUGACGGUGGGAAACAUUACCACAUGGCGCUGAAGCUCAACAAAAUACAGAGAUGGCUUCCCUCCAAAAGAUACCUUUUAGAACAGUUUGGUGUCAGCGUUCAUUAUUCCAACAUUCACCAUGAUUAUUAUAGUGCAUGGCGCUAUGUUACGAAGAGUGAUGAAGCAUACGAAGAGAGUAAUGGGCACCCAGAUCUAGUAAAUACUGAUGUUCCGAAGACCAGUAAGGCGAGCAUAGGAAAGAGAAACCUUAGAGGCAAAGCGGUCAUCAAAACUCAAACUAAAACGAAGAAGAAACCAAAGCGAGUAGGAAAAGCAAGAAAGAAGCGUCUAACGCCAUUAGAUGUGUCAAAUUUAAUUUUGAGCAAGAACAUCAAGACAGAAACGGAACUUCACGCACUUGCACAAGAACAGCGGGAACAGGGAAAGACAGAUCUUGUGGAGUUUAUUUUAAAUAGGUCACCUAAAACGCUAGCAGACAUACUUAGCACGACAUGGCAGAUGAAAGGGGCGCGAGAAAAGAUUGCACGAUCUACGAAGAGUCGCAUGGAUCUCCUUCAAGAAGCUUCAAACUCAGAUUGUGUUUCUGGAUGCAAUGGUGAUUGGCUGCAGUGUGCGAAAGAGGUUUUGCAGAACAAUGGCAUAGAUAUAUCUUGUUUUGCUAAUUCAGUACGAGAAAGCCUAACUAUUGGUCGCAAAAAACAUCAUUAUGUAAUGAUCGUUGGCCCAGCUAAUUGCGGAAAGACCUUUCUCCUUAAGCCACUAAAGGUCGUGUACCAUACGUUCUGCAAUCUAGCAACUGGAAGUUUUGCGUGGGUCGGAAUACAAGAUGCCGAGUGCAUAUUUCUUAACGAUUUUCGCUGGAGCCCCCAAGUUAUACCGUGGCAUGAUUUGUUGUUGAUGUUAGAGGGGGAAGUUGUUCACCUACCAGCUCCGAAAACCCAUUUUACGCAAGAUAUCGAGUUCACGAAAGACACUCCUAUCUUUUGUACGAGCAAGCGACCAUUGAUUUUCAUCAAGAAUGGCAUAGUCGAUGACCGUGAGACCGACAUGAUAGGUGUUAGGUGGAAGGUUUUCUGCCUUAAUUAUGCGAUACCUUUAGAACAGCAGCGGCAAGAUAUCCUGCCAUGCCCAAGAUGUUUCGCAACAUUAG